AUGGCUCCGCCUGUCCAUAGUCUACACUACCCUUCCGCCAAGCCUUUAUUAGAAGACGAACAUGCGCACAUGGAGUACUUCCAGGUCGUUUGUGCAGGGGAGUUUUCUUUAUUUUUCGAGAUUCCGGCAUGGGAAACCAUCAUCCUCCAGGGCACUCUUAUCGAACCAGCAUUGCAUCAUGCGGCCCUAGCAAUCGGAGCAUUGACCAGCAGUCGUUACCAUCCUGAGAUAUGGCAAACGGCCUCAGCGAUCGUGUUCUCAAUUCGGCACUAUGGCUUGGCCAUCCAGGAUCUCCACCGUCGGCUUAAUGGAUCUUCCUCAAGUCUAGAGCUUGCCAUCGUAACGAGCAUUCUCUUCAGCUACAUCGAGUUUCUGCUAGGAUUCGAUAGCCGGGUCAAGAUGCAUAUACAGGCUGGAUGUGCAAUUCUUGGGGAGCUCUCUAUUCGGCGUUACCAGAGACUCGUCGUUUCUACUCAGGCUGGAUCAAGCUGCCUGGUUGGUAGUUUGUCUACUAGGUAUGAUCUACUUGCCAGUGCCAUGUUUCAGCUGACUGCGCAAGUCAACUGCUAUGUGGCAUCUCAGUUGAACGGCAAAAAUUGA